AUGCCUGGCCGGGUUUCCGCGCGCUCUCAGCGCUCCUCCGGCGCCGUCUCCCGCAAAUCCUCAACCGCGACGCUCAAAUCCCGCGCAUCCUCAGCGCGCACCUCCGCACACGCCGUCGAGAUCCCAGACGAGGGCCCCAUCACAUCCCUUCGAGAGCAGAUAUGCGCCGUCUUCGCCGAUGCGCAACGCACUACUGCUACCCAAAGGAAGCUGGUUGUUAGCCUGAGAAAGGUGCAGGAGGCAUGUUGCUACGAGCCUGUGAAGCCGAAGAAGCGACGAGAUGAGGAGAAUUUUGGGGAAGACGAGUUCAACGAGGAGGUGGGACGGUGUUUCCUGAGAGUUCUGGGCGUCAAGAAGAGCGAGCCGGUCGGCGACAGAAUUGUGCGCUUCCUGGGUCUGUUCCUGAAGGUUGCGAGCGAGAAAGACAACCAGAUCGCGUCGAGCGGCGACCCAGAGACAAAUUCCUUUCCCGAAACCCCCACCACGCGCCUCACCUCUAUAAUCAUCUCCCUCGUCCUCCCGCUUCUCGUAGCCAAAGACAAAGUCGUCCGCUUCCGCGCCACCCAAAUAAUCUCCCACAUCAUCAACACGCUCGACUCCAUUGACGACGAGCUCUUCCAGCUGAUCCGCCUCGGGCUGCUCAAGCGCCUCCGCGAUAAAGAACCCUCCGUCCGCGUACAAGCCGUUCUCGGGCUUGGCCGCCUAGCUGGUGAAGGCGACGAGGAGCAAGACGACGAAGACAGCGAUGACGAUACCGCGGGCGGUGUGUUGGAGAAGCUGGUCGAUGUCCUGCAGAACGAUCCCAGCGCUGAGGUUCGCAGGUCGCUGUUGCUGAAUCUGCCCUUCACGCCGGCGACGCUGCCGUACCUGCUCGAGAGAGCGAGGGAUCUGGAUGCAGGUACCAGAAGGGCACUGUACGCGAGGCUGCUGCCGGCUUUAGGGGAUUUCCGUCACCUGUCUCUUACCCACCGAGAGAAGCUGCUCCGCUGGGGCCUCCGAGACAGAGAUGAGAACGUCCGAAAAGCCACAGCCCGUCUGUUUCGCGAACGCUGGAUCGAGGACUGCGCCGGCCUCCAGCAACUGACCGAAGAAGGUGCCGCGCCCGCAACUGGCCAAGUUUCGAAACCCAGCUACGAAGCCCUGCUGGAACUCCUCGAAAGAGUCGACAUCGUCAACUCCGGCAUCGAGGGCGGCAUCGCGCUGGAAGCGAUGAAAGAGUUCUGGGACGGCCGGCCCGACUACAGGGAGUUCGUAACCUUCGAGGACCAGUUCUGGGACGAGCUUACGCCCGAGGCGGUCUUCGUGGCGCGCACAUUCAACGACUACUGCCGAGCAAAAGGCGAGCAGAAGCUGAUGGGUAUGCUUGAGGACAAGAUGCCUGAAGUGACGAAAUUCGCCUUCUUCCUGCAAGGCCAUCUCAAUCGCCUCAUGGAAGGCGUUCAGCAGGUCGCGCUGCAAGCGGAAGAGGAUGCGGCAGAGGCAGAGGAGGACACGGUGCAGCAGGAAUUCUGCGUCGAGCAGAUGCUGCAUAUCGCGCUCAGUCUAGACUACUCGGACGAAGUUGGCCGGCGGAAGAUGUUCUCCAUCAUGCGGGAGGCGCUUGCGCUUGCUGAGCUGCCGGAGGAGUGCACUAAGCUCGUCAUCGAGGUGCUGCGGACCGUGUGUGGCGCCAAUACCGCGGGUGAGAGGGAGUUCUGCGGGAUCGUGCUCGAGGCCGUAGCGGAGGUCCACGAUACCAUCAUGGGUGAGGAGCUCGCGCGGCCGGACGCAGCGUUGGAGGCAGACGAGAGUUUUCACUCCGCCACGUCGCAUCUGAGCAGCGAGACUACGCCGACGAAGGCUAAGAAAUCUGCAAGGCAAAAGGGCGGCGAAGAGGAGGUCGAUGAUGAAGAGAAGACGAUCCGUGAGAUUAUGGUCAACAUGAAAUGCCUCCACAUCGCGCAAUGCAUGCUGCAGAACGUGCAGUGCGACCUCGAAGAGAACAGCGACCUGGUCACCAUGCUGAACAACCUCGUCGUGCCGGCCGUUCGGUCACAAGAAGCGCCCAUCCGCGAGCGUGGACUUGUUUGUCUGGGGCUGUGCUGUCUACUGAGCAAGAACCUCGCCCAAGAAAACCUAACCCUCUUCCUCCACUGCUUCACCAAAGGCCACGAAGCCCUGCAAACAAUCUCCCUCCAAAUAAUAACCGACAUCCUAACCACGCACCCCGUCCUCCUGUCCCCUAUCCCCCCCUCCACCGAUCAAAGCACAGCAGAUGCAACCGAACUUCCGCAGCCCCAACCCAGCCCCCUUCUCCGCCCGCUGCAGAAAACCUUCCUCAAAUCCCUCAAAUCCCCCUCUCCAACCGUGCAAACAACCGGCACAGUCGCGCUAAGCAAGCUCCUCCUCUUGAACGUCUUCCGCGCCGCCGAAGGCGUAGACGAGUUGCUGCGGCACAUGACGAUCCUGUAUUUCACGCCCUCGACGCGUGCGAACCCAGGGAUGCAGCAGGCGCUGAGCUAUUUCCUGCCUGUGUACUGCCACAGCCGGGCUGCGAACGCGUUGAGGAUGGCGAGGGUGGCGGUGGGGGUUGUGCAUGCGCUGCUGGGGGUUGCUGAGGAGGCGGAAGAGGAGGACGAGGAGAUGGUUGGGUUGGGAGUUGUGGGGGGAUGUUUGGUUGAUUGGACGGAUGGGCGGAAGGUCAUGAACAGUGGAGGCGUUGUCGGGGCGGAGGGGGAGUGUGGGGAGGCGCAUCUGCUGCUUGCCGAGGAGUUGCUGGAGAAAGUCUGCAUGCCGGGAACAUUAAAAGAAGAAAAGAAAAUCUACUUCUCCGUGCUCUCCAAACUCCACAUCACCGCCCCCACCACCUCCGCCCCCGCCCCUCCCUCCGAGCGUCUCACAACCCUAACCGCGCUCCUCGACGAAGCCACAGAGGCAAAAGUCGCAAACGACGCCACAUCCCGCAACGCGCUCGCCCGGCUCAGGAACGCCGUCUGGAAGCUCACCGAGACCGGGUUCGGAGCCCAAGACGCCACGGUCGUCGGCAACGGCGAAGACAGAGCUCGAGGCAAGGACAAGGAAGAAGAGGCUGAGAAGGCCGAGAUGGAGGAGGUGGAGGACGGCAUGGCGGAGAUCACGAUGGCGGAUUUGGACGGGGAGGGGACUGUGAUGGGGGAGGAUGAUGGGGACGAUGAGGGGACGGUCGUGGGCAGGGGCGGUAGGGGUGGGGAAAGUAUUGUGGAUUGUUUGCUGGAGAGUGAGAUGGAUGUCGAGUGA